AUGGCGACCACAGACACAGAUAUCGACAUGAAGCAGCCUGCUGGCGUCACGCAGGUGGCUAGCAACAGUCCUGCUGCCAGCGAUGCCGACGAACAGCUGGAGCUCGCGCUCCGCAACUAUGUUCCGGGCACCGACGCAGAAAAGAAACUGGUCAGGAAGAUCGACGUCUUCCUUGUCCCGGUCUUGUGGGGCAUGUGUGUUCUGUGCUAUCUCAACCGCAAUAACAUUGGCAAUGCCAAUGCAGCAGGCAUGUCAAAAGACCUCGGCCUCAGCUCCGGCGAUUACGCCAUGCUGAUCUCGAUCUUCUUCAUUGCAUAUCUUUGCUUCGAAGUCCCGUCAAAUUUGGUCAUCACCCGAGUGCGUCCUUCGUUGUACGUUCCGGCACUCGCCGUCGCAUGGGGAACCGUGUGCACAUGCAUGUCCCAGGUCCAGUCCUACGGUGGUAUUCUUGCUGCACGGUUCUUCCUCGGUGCCGUUGAGGCGGGUUUCAUACCAGGAGUUGCAUAUUUGUUCUCUCAAUACUAUAAGAAGGAUGAGCUUGGCAAGCGCUUCUCGAUCUUCUUCACAGCCUUGUGCUUUGCUGGUGCGGCUGCCGGUCUUCUGGCGGGUGCAAUCAUCUCUGGUCUGGAAGGUGCGCGUGGUAUGGCUGGUUGGCGGUGGCUCUUUCUGAUUGAAGGUAUCAUGAGCAUCUGCUACGCCGUCCCGGCAGCAUUCAUCUUGUUGGACUUCCCGGCAGACUCAAAGCGACUCACUCUGGCAGAGCGCCAGCUGGCUGUUGUUCGGAUGGCGCAUGACCGGCGAAUGACUGACACUACAGUCAAGCGUCUGUCGCCUCUCCAGUCUGUCACCGCCGCCGUACGCGACCUGCGAACCUAUUUCUUCUCCAUCCUCUACAUGCUCGGCAAUGGGUCUGCGACCAUCAACUAUUUCGUCCCUACAGUGCUACGAAGCAUGGGUUACUCUGGUGUCCUUGUACAGUGGAUGAGCGUACCAAUCUGGACCGUCGGCACCGUCUUCCUCAUCGUCCUUCCCUACACAGCCGACCGUUUCCGCGAUAGAAGGUGGCAUAUCACCGGAGCAAUGGCACUCGCAUUCCUCAGCGCCAUCAUCUGCUUCCAGGUUGACCACAACCCGACUCGCUACGCUUUCUUGGCCUUCUGCAUCGCAGGAGUAGCCGAGAAGCGGGCUGUCUCGAUCGCUAUCGCGAACAGCGUGGGCAAUCUGUCGGCGCUGUACGGAAGCAGGCUUUGGCCUACAGAAGAUGCGCCGCAGUAUGCGAAGGGCUUCACCGCGAUUGCUUGCUUCACUGGAGUGGGCGCACUGCUGGCAGCAGCCGGACCAAUCAUCUUCAAGUACUUGCCCAGGUUUCCGACGAAGGCGGAGCUGGAAGUCGUUGAGGGGCGAGCUCAGGCUGAGAAUGGAGCGGGACGAGUUUAG